AUGAAGUUCAGCAUAUGGGGAUUGCUGUCUGCUGCUUUCAUCAUUUACAUGCUACACAGCUUGUAUGGAAUCUAUCAGCUGUUUAAUCCGGAACUCUGUAAUUCUGCAAAAUCGAGCCAGUGUCUAAAGCCUGCCUUGAGUUUGCAUAGUUUCAGGCAUGCUCAGCUACGUUUCUAUGUUUCUUUAAGCAGCUCUUCAAGUUCCAAUUUAAAAGAAGUGUUCCGAGUGGCUGAUUUUGAUCUCAUGUCGGAAUUUUCCUCGACAGUUGAAAUCCAUUUGCCGGAAAGGACGAGGAAGAACGGCAGUCUUUAUUUGCAUGUUUUUCUAAUGCCUCAGACAGCGGUAGAAAAUCCAUUCCAUUCAAAGUGGUACGUGCUUCGAAGUCAUCCUCUGACACACUACGCCGUACCUUCCGCUCAGAUAAUCAAUUUAGUGGAUUUCCUGUCUUCGAAGAAUAAAACUGAGGAGCGAAAGUAUGCGCAAUCGAAGACGAGCAGUGCGAUGACGGUGCCUACCAGUCAUAUGAGGACAGUGCUGGUGUUCAGAGGCCUGGAGUCUCCAGUGAGCUUCGAAUGGAAAAAAAUUCCUCCGGAAGUAGUGCAUCUUUUGGUGUUAGAUGAAGGCAGGAACUACUUGCCGGUGUUCUACUUGGAUACGCUCAGUUUUCGAUCGAAGGACUCGGUUCAGAUCUCAGACGAAAUGCGUGAGGUAAAUGUAAGCCUGAAAUACAUGCCGUGUUCCAUUGGCAAAAUAAGGCUGUUGAUGAAUGCGCAGCAGUCAUUGGAAAAAAUGAAGGAACUCGGCUUUACGGAUAAUGACAUCGAAGAAGUACGGGGCAUCUUCACGGAUACCAACUUUUACUUAUUGGCAGUGACAUUCUUCGUCGCCUCGAUACAUAUCCUUUUGGACUUUCUGGCGUUUAAGAAUGACAUCAGUUUUUGGAAGGGUCGCAAGAAUAUGGUCGGAUUGUCAAGUAGAACGGUGGUAUGGCGGUGUUUUAGUCAGGCAGUAAUCUUUAUGUAUUUGCUCGAUGAAAACACCAGUCUCUUGGUAUUAAUUCCUACUGCCAUAGGUGUAGUCAUCGAACUUUGGAAGGUCACCAAAGCGUUUAAGGUGGAACUAACUUUGACUCAGCGGAUGUUUCCUCGCUUUCGACUGGGUGUCAGCAACCGUGAGGAGUUGGAGACGGAGCGGUUCGACUCUGAGGGAAUGACCUAUGUUGCUUGGCUGUUGUUCCCGUUGUGUAUCGCUGGAUCUGCUUACAGUCUUGUCUAUGUACCGCAUCGAAGUUGGUACAGUUGGAUCAUCCAAAACAUCGCCAACGGUGUGUACGCGUUUGGCUUCCUUUUCAUGCUACCACAGCUAUUCGUCAACUAUAAAUUGAAGUCCGUAGCUCAUCUCCCGUGGAGAGCGUUUAUGUACAAGGCCUUCAACACUUUCAUCGAUGACCUCUUCGCCUUCAUCAUCACCAUGCCCACCGCUCAUCGCUUAGCCUGUUUCCGUGAUGACGUCAUUUUCGUCAUUUACCUCUACCAAAGAUGGCUGUAUCCUGUCGACAAGUCUCGCAUCAAUGAAUUUGGCGAAUCCUUUGAACAUGAACUUUCUACGAAAAGCGAUCCCAAAGAAGAUUCCAAGAAAUCGAGAUAA